AAAAAAAGGAACAGAGAAACACUUCGUGGACCCGUUACCGUUUAUAACCAAAACAAAACUUUAUAACGUCUCUGCAGAGGGUCAACUGGGGUCUCAAGGUAGCUCGGUACCGUUUCGUCGCGGUAGCUGGGAACAAACUAUUAGUCUUUUGGUUUUUGUCGGAUGUCUUCAACCCUACAUUAUCUAGUAGAGGAGGUGUUGUUGUGUUUACACAGAGAGACCGGGGGGAGGAUGGAAAACAACCCACUCCUUAUGGACCCGUUUACUAACAGGAUCUACUUUUAGGUGUGGACGGUACCACAGAACAUUUUACCGGACAGACAGAGAGACACAGAGAGACAUAUAUAUAUAUAUAUAUAUAUAUAUAUAUAUAUAAUCAUAAACCCAGAUAGUCAUGUCGCUGAUCCAGGCCUGCCGCAGUUUAGCCCUGUCUACAUGGCUCCUGUCGUUUUGUUUCGUUCACCUCCUGUGUUUGGACUUUACCGUGGCCGAGAGAGAGGAAUGGUACACCGCUUUCGUUAAUAUCACCUACAUAGACCCGGUCACGUCUGAAGUCCGGACGGAGAAAGCAGAAUACGGGCGAUACGGGGAACAUUCGCUGAAACGCGAAGCGAAAGGAAUCGUUGUACUUCCUUCUCUCACCCAGGAUAGACAAGCCUGUGAUCCCGGUACCCGGUUCACUGUUCCGGUCCAAGACAGUGCGUGGAUAGCUCUGAUUGCCAGGGGAAACUGCACAUUUAAAGAUAAAAUACGAAAUGCAUCGAGUCAAAACGCAUCGGCCAUCGUUAUAUUCAACGUUGGAUCGAGCAACUCCAACGAUACAAUCACAAUGCCACAUUCAGGUAUGGGUGAUGUGGUCGCCAUCAUGAUCCCCGAGCCUAAAGGUCGCGAGGUCGCUGCUCUGCUAGAGCGGAACGUCACGGUAACCAUGCACAUCACCAUAGGAACGCGUAACCUCCAGAAGUACGUGAGCAGGACGUCGGUGGUGUUCGUCUCCAUCUCCUUCAUCAUCCUGAUGAUCAUCUCUCUGGCCUGGCUCGUCUUCUACUACAUACAGAGGUUCAGAUACGUCAACGCACGAGACCGCUACCAGAGGCGUCUGGGAGAUGCAGCUAAGAAGGCCAUUAAUAAACUGCAGGUCAGGACCAUCAGGAAAGGAGACGGGGAAACGGAGUCAGAUUUUGAUAACUGUGCUGUGUGUAUCGAGGGCUACAAGCCGAACGAUGUGGUCAGGAUUCUACCCUGCAGACAUCUGUUCCAUAAGAACUGUGUGGACCCCUGGCUGUUGGAUCACAGGACCUGUCCCAUGUGUAAGAUAGACAUCCUCAAAGCCCUGGGCAUCGCUUUAAAUGCAGACUGUCUGGAUGACCUGCCCUUGGACUAUGAGAUGGUGGGUGGGGUUGGGGUGGAGGGCCUGGUCCUGGAGGCUGUGGUGUCGGCGGGGUCCAGUGACGGGACCCUCAGUGAGGGGGGGUCGGUGGUUCUAGACCCGGGGAUGCGGAGGGUGGGGCUACCACAAGACUACCACAACCCAGACCCUCUGAGGGAUAGUCCCAUUACUGUUACUACUGAUACCCACACAGGUGAACUCCUGCCCAUGACGAGCAGUGCAUCUGUGGCGUCCCUGGUGAUCGCUGUAGAAACAGGGCUGUCGGACGAAGACCUUUCACUGGAACAACCAGCCCCUACUGGGGACAACAAGUCCUGAGACCCGGGCCACACCAGGACCAGAACAAGGUCUUACCGGGGUAAGUCUGGGUUACCUUGGUUCUCUAUUGUCUUGACUAUACCUGGGACAAAUCUAACUUGGGACAGAGGACAGCGAUAUACCUGUAGGCUGGAAUGGGCCUACCUGGAUUAACCAGCCUGGAAUGGGAUACCUGGAUGAACCAGCCUGGAAUGGGCCUACCUGGAUAAACCAGCCUGGAUUGGGCCUACCUGGAUAAACCAGCCUGGAAUGGGCCUACCUGGAUAAACCAGCCUGGAUUGGGCCUACCUGGAUAAACCAGCCUGGAAUGGGCCUACCUGGAUAAACCAGCCUGGAUUGGGCCUACCUGGAUAAACCAGCCUGGAAUGGGCCUACCUGGAUGAACCAGCCUGGAAUGGGCCUACCUGGAUGAACCAGCCUGGAUUGGGCCUACCUGGAUAAACCAGCCUGGAUUGGGCCUACCUGGAUAAACCAGCCUGGAUUGGGCCUACCUGGAUGAACCAGCCUGGAUUGGGCCUACCUGGAUAAACCAGCCUGGAUUGGGCCUACCUGGAUAAACCAGCCUGGAAUGGGCCUACCUGGAUAAACCAGCCUGGAAUGGGCCUACCUGGAUAAACCAGCCUGGAUUGGGCCUACCUGGAUAAACCAGCCUGGAAUGGGCCUACCUGGAUAAACCAGCCUGGAAUGGGCCUACCUGGAUAAACCAGCCUGGAUUGGGCCUACCUGGAUAAACCAGCCUGUGAGUGAUUCCAGAUGAAACCAGGACAAAAAAAGAACCACAAUUUAUGGGAUUUUCUAGAAAUUGUAUCCAUAGAAUGGACCUUUUUCUGGAAGGAUUAUUGACAUAUUUAACAUUUUGUAUCUAAAAGCAUAAUAAUAAAUAAAAAAAUACGAUUUAAAAAAAAGUAUUAAUCAAAUGUGGCAUAUUUCUGACAUUUUAACCUUUAUCCAGUCCUUCUGGAAGACUCUAUAGUGUUUAAUCCAAAGCAACAAUUGGUGUGUUUUGUAAUACGAGUCGUACCUACCUGGAUAAACCCUAUAUGGGAUGGGACACCAUGGACAGUGUACACUAGAGAUUCAACUCUGCGGCUUUGCCUACGUAGAGAAUAGACUCACCUGGUUAUGAAGCGAUCUGACUGUUUAGUUCCUGUUACCUGGUGGAGUAUUCUGUGUCAAUGGACGGUACCUGUCACCUGGAGCCCAGGAAAUGUUUCACAAUAAGAGUUCUGAUCUCACACACACACACACACACACACACACUGAGCAGUAUGGAAUCAACGGAACCUUUUUGUGAAUCUAUAAACCAGAUUUCUAAAACUACCAUUUUGAAACAGAACUUCAAGAACUGGACCAUAUAUGACAGGGACAUUUUUGUUUUGAAAAAGCCUCAAAGACCUCUGGGAGAUGUAGUCAGUGAACUGUGCAGCAUCUUCCCUUUACUAAGUGUUUCAGUCUGGAAUGACACGGUCUCUACUACUGUAACCAUGGAUAAGGUCACACCACUACAUAGUGCAGUAUUGUUGUAGUAAUGCUAUUUUAAAAGUAGAACUUCAGUAUUCUCUCUUUCAGUCUACCUGUGUAUAUUCUAUGGUCAUAUAUCUGGAAGAAGUACAUUCCUUUAGCCUCCGUCUGUCCGUCCAUCUGUCUGUCUGUCUGUACGAUGAUCUCACAGUAAAGCAUUGUUUUAUUUCCUGUUUGUUUUUUUACUACCUAUUUCUGUCUUAACUGGCCAAUCAGUUGGUUGUGUUAUUUAUGGUGUUGCCAAUAACUCCACUUUUUGACAAUCAGAUGUUACAGCAAUGCUCUGGAACCUCCUCCGGAACAUUCUAGAAUCCUUCUCAGAACCUCCUCCGGAACGUUCUAGAAUCCUUCUCAGAACCUCCUCUGGAACGUUCUAGAAUCCUUCUCAGAACCUCCUCUGGAACGUUCUAGAAUCCUUCUCAGAACCUCCUCUGGAACGUUCUAGAAUCCUUCUCAGAACCUCCUCUGGAACAUUCUAGAAUCCUUCUCAGAACCUCCUCUGGAACGUUCUAGAAUCCUUCUCAGAACCUCCACUGGAACGUUCUAGAAUCCUUCUCAGAACCUUUCUUCAACAUUAUAUGUUGGGUGUUUUGGGUGGGAGGGACUGGCUGCAAAAUAACAUGUCUGUGUAAUCUCAAUGGCACCAUAUUCCCUAUAUAGUGGUACUACUUUAGACCAGAGCCCAAUGCUCCCUGAAUAGGGAAUAUGAUGCAGACUGACUGACUGAUAGGAAAGAGAAAUAGAGUCAACUAUUUUGAUUAAAAACAUACUUUUUUUUUUUUUAUAUUUGUAACGACACAAAGAGAGAGUGACAGUAUCACUGACCUGAAACAAACAGCUCGAGGAUGAAUCAAUAAAAUAUAUUCUAUAUCGAGUAGACAAACGAUCGAAAAACAAUUUGUGUGUGUGUGUGUGUGUGUGUGUGUAGAUAGAUAGAUAAAUAGCCAAGCAUGAGUUGGACUCUGCACUUGUUCAGUCCCCUCGGGAUUCUGAAGGUAUUGGAGGCGUCUGAACAUGGGUUGGAAGUAGUUUCCAAUGAGAGGAGAUACAGAUCUGAUACGCUCCAGUGUUUUGCAGCAGCAGGAAUGAGAUUCUAUAUUUAUUAUGGCUCAAGUGAACCGACUCACCGGGACACUGCAGCUGCACUGCAGGGGCUGUGUGUAUAACGAUAACCAGUUCGGUUAAGAGCACACAUACAGAGAGAGGUCCCUCCCCUGAGGAACAACCAUAUUGAGGUUAUACACACAGAGAGAGAGACUAGACGAAAGAUGUGUAGAAAAAGGCCUGUUUCAGUGUGGAGAUCCCCCAUCUCUCUGAGGGCCCCUGUACCUCCUCUCUGUGCUCCGGCCCCCAUCUCUCUGAGGGCCCCUGUACCUCCUCUCUGUGCUCCGGCCCCCAUCUCUCUGAGGGCCCCUGUACCUCCUCUCUGUGCUCCGGCCCCCAUCUCUCUGAGGGCCCCUGUACCUCCUCUCUGUGCUCCGGCCCCCAUCUCUCUGAGGGCCCCUGUACCUCCUCUCUGUGCUCUGGCCCCCAUCUCUCUGAGGGCCCCUGUACCUCCUCUCUGUGCUCCGGCCCCCAUCUCUCUGAGGGCUGCUGUACCCUGUACUUCCUCUCUGUGCUCCGGCCCCCAUCUCUCUGAGGGCUGCUGUACCCUGUACCUCCUCUCUGUGCUCCGGCCCCCAUCUCUCUGAGGGCCCCUGUACCUCCUCUCUGUGCUCCGGCCCCCAUCUCUCUGAGGGCUGCUGUACCCUGUACCUCCUCUCUGUGCUCCGGCAGUGGCCCAUGCCGGAGCACAGAGGGUGCGAUGGGUGCUGUGUCGUCACACACUAGGGGCUGGGGGAUUUAUGUCAAGUUCAUUUCAAUUGUAUGUUUUUUUUUGUGUGAUAUUCCAAAUGCCUGUAUUGCCAGAAUCAAAUGUUGCUGGGGUUUUUUUUUUUUUCAUUUUUUUUCUUCAUUUUUUAUUUUCUUUGGUCUGAGCGUUUGUCAGCUUGUUCUCAUGUUGUCUUUUUUUUAGUCUUGUCUUCGUCGCUCCUUCUGCUGUGUGCACCUUCGCUCAUUUUAGCCAAGUACUGUUCUACUUGCUGUUUAGUCUUUUAUUUUUUAUUUUUAUUAAAAUGUGCAAUAAGCAUAAAGCACUAUUCUAUAAGGAAUUGGCAACUCGUUCUCACUCUCGAGAAAUAAGGUAGGCCACUCGAUUUUCAACGUGACCGUGUGGACAAGCUCGCGUGCUGUUCCAACAGUCCAGCGUGUUUUCAUAACAAUUCAGUUGAGUUUUACCUUGUUAACUAACAACUUGUUUUUUCAAGUUGGAUGAACUUUUACAUGUUUAAAGAUUAGCUGGCACGUAGGAUUGUACUUGAGAGAUUGUUUACGAGACCUGUUGUUAAUUUUCUAUAAUGCCUGCUACCAGAAGUUAGUCAUUAUGCAUGGUACUGGUUACAUUUCUAAUAAAAAGGAUGUUUUCAUAGACUUACAA